AUGGUUGAUGAAGAGGAUAUAAAUGUAAAAACAAGAAAGCCAAGACAAGUAUCCAUUACAAGAUCAAAUUGCAAGGCAUGCAUAAGAGUAAAAGUGAAUAAAGAAGGAAAGUUUGAGGUGGUGGCUCAUGUUAUUCAGCAUAACCACGAGCUAACAAAGCCACAGUGGCAUUAUUUGCAUCGUUCUGAAAGAAAAAUGACAGAGGAAAAAGUUGUAACAAUCAAAACAAUGAAAUCUUCAGGUCUAACUACAAUGGACACUUACAAUUACAUGGCUAUAGAGGCUAGAGGAGAACAGAAUAUAAGCCAUAGUGUUGUAGAUCACCUGAAUUUCUGCUCAAGGUUAAGAAUGGAACAAAUUGAGGCUAGAGAUGCUCAAACUUUAGUGAACAUUUUAAGUCAGGAACAAUCAGAGGAUCCAAACUUCUUUUUUAGAGUGAAGUUUGACAAAGAAGGAAGAAUUUGCAAUAUAUUUUGGAGAGAUUCAAUGAUGCUAGAAGACUAUAGGAUAUAUGGAGAUGUUCUUGUCUUUGAUACAACAUACAGAACCAACAGAUAUAAUCUUAUAUGUGCUCCAUUUGUUGGCAUAAAUAACCACUAG